AGACUCCACAGCGUCAACGGAUUCACGAGAAGCACAUCAGCGAUGGCCUCAGUGAGAAACGCUAUGUCCUUCUCAUUUUCUCUACAGAAAGCCCAGGUGGUUUUGUAUGUGGCUAGGCGUCUGUUUCAGACUUGGAUUGCCCUGAUGGUGGCCCUCAGGCUGGGGCUAGUGCCAGGACAUUCAGGUGUCAGGCUGGUGACCAUGUUGCUCUCUGGGAUAGCUCUUCUCCCAAGUAUCCACUGUCACCUGGGACCAGGACAUUACUCUUCCUAUGAAAUAGUCAUCCCCAAGAGUCUGGCAGUCAAGGGAAGUGAAGCCCCAGGGGAAAAGAUAUCUUAUACGCUACUUAUGCAAGGCCAGCAGCAGCUGGUUCACCUGAAGGUAAAGAGAGACUAUUUUGUGGAGGAUUUUCCAGUCUAUAGUUACCACAAUGGCAUCCUGGAGCAAGAAACACCUUCCAUCUCACAUGACUGUCACUAUGAAGGCCACAUAGAAGGAGCGCCAGGUUCAUUUGUGUCUGUCAAUACCUGUUCAGGUCUCAGGGGCAUCCUGAUCAAGGAGAACACAUCCUAUGGCAUUGAGCCCAUACUCUCUUCCAAACAGUUCGAACAUGCGUUAUACACCAUGGCACGUCAAGCUCGAGUCUCCUGUAGUGUCUCUGCCAGAGACAGUCAAGCGGUGUCCACCAGCUGGCAGCAGGGGAGCAGGAAGCCUCCCAAUCUACAGGCCCUGUCCUACUUGUGGUCACACACCAAGUAUGUGGAGAUGUUUGUUGUGGUCAACAACCAGCGGUUCCAGAUGUGGGGCAGCGAUGUCAAGGAGACAGUGCAGAGAGUGGUGGGCAUCGUUGCUCUGGCCAACACCUUUACUCGAGGAAUAAACACAGAGGUGGUGCUGGCUGGGAUGGAAAUUUGGACCGAGGGGGAUCUGACAGAGGUCCCAGUGGACCUGCGAGUUACACUCAGGAACUUCAAUCGCUGGAGACAAGAGGAGCUCUUCCCUCGUGUGAGGCACGAUGUCGCCCACUUGAUCGUUGGGCAUCCUCCUGGCGAGACCUCGGGUCGGGCAUUUCUCAACGGAGCCUGUUCAAGUGGUUUUGCAGCGGCUGUCGAAGUUUUCCAUCACGAAGAUGCCCUCCUGUCUGCAGCGCUCAUGGCCCACCAGCUUGGGCACAACCUGGGCAUUCAGCAUGACCACUCAGACUGCGUUUGUAGAGAUAAGCACUUCUGCCUCAUGCAGGAAAACAUCACUAAAGAAAGUGGCUUUAGCAACUGUAGCUCUGACUACUUCUACCAUUUCCUUCACGAACACAGAGGGGCCUGCCUAUUUAACAAGCCGUGGCACACAGGCCGCAGGCGUAGGGAUGCCAGUUGUGGGGAUGGUGUGGUGGAGGCUCCGGAGCAGUGUGACUGUGCUCCUGACUGUACAUGCUGUGAUGAUGAAUGUAAUAUGGCAGCCCCGGGCCAGUUGUGCCGUGGUGCUAUGGGACCAUGUGACCUCCCUGAGUACUGUACUGGCAGUUCUGCAACAUGCCCUGCAGAUAGACAUAAGCAAGAUGGCACACCGUGCCAUGAGGAUAACUACUGUGUGAGUGCUAAAUGCACGGACCCUACUAUUCAAUGCGAAAUCGCUUUUGGGUCUGGUUCAAAAGCUGCCUCAGAAAGUUGUUACACUAAACUGAACGUCGAAGGGAAUCUAUUUGGAAACUGUGGCCAGUCUGGUUCCACCUAUGUUAGCUGUACAGAUAAUAAUGCAAAGUGUGGGAAACUCAUAUGUACAGGUAUUACUUCAUUGCCUUCAAUAAAAUAUGCAUUGGCUCAGGUCCCACACGAAAAUGACUGGUGCUGGGUCAUGGGUAGCUCUUCAGGUGAUACCUCCAUGGAAGCAACUGUGUCAAAGGGCACUCCUUGUGCUCCAAGCAAAUUCUGUGUGAACUUUGAGUGUACUGAUUUCCAAGUUGGGACUUUAAACUGCAGUGCAACUGACACAUGUAAUGAGAAGGGAGUUUGCAAUGAUUAUGGGAACUGCCACUGUGAAGAUGGUUUUGCUCCCCCUGAUUGCAUAUCAGAAGGAAAUGGAGGUAGUAUAGACAGUGGUCCUCCUACUAAGCCAACUGAUGACCUUGAGAAUGAAGCAAAGAAAAAAUCAAAUUUAUCAUUACUUAUCCUCAUAAUUUUGGGAAUACUAGUAUUACUUGUAAUUAUUUUUCUUCUCGCCUCUCGUAAACCUGCUGAACCAGAAGAAGCUCCUCCACCAAAGGCUCCACCAGAAGAAGAAGAAGCUCCCCCAGAAGAGGCUCCACCAGAAGAAGAAGCUCCCCCAGAAGAGGCUCCACCAGAAGAAGAAGCUCCCCCAGAAGAGGGGGAAGCAGAGGAAGAGGAGGAGGAGGCGGAGGCGGAGGCGGUGGCGGAAGAAGAGGAAGAGGAGGAUGAUUAGAGGAUAAGUGUGAAAGGGCAAAGCCAAACACAUCUAACUCCUCAACUGCUGACUAGGAAUGAGAAACUCAGGGAAGCAAAAGUUAAGUGGGAAUUGAUGGCUCCAAUGGCCCUGUAGUCUAAAAAUAUACUAUUAUGCGAGGAGAUAUUCCUCCAUAUUUAUUACUCAUUUUAGUAAAUAAGUUCUUGUUUACUUAAUAUAUUAAAUAUUUUAGUACUUUUUCUUUUUCAUAUUUCAUUUAAACUCAUCACAUGCAUUUUUGGACAUUAAUGUCUUUAUGUCUUCGGGCCUAUUUUUUUCAGUCACCAGAAACUAUUUCUCAGGACAUGCUAUCUUCUGCGUAAAUUGUCUGACAUGUAGUAGUAUUUGUUCUUGAAUUUAUUACUAUCUAUGGGGUUUUCAUCUCUUAUGGCAAAAAUCUAUUUUGUAAGGACAACUGUUCAUGUGACUGAUUGUUCUAACUUGGCCUAUUAAGUGUGCAUUCCUUGAGAGAGGAGUUUUAAAAUCCGAAAAUAAAACUGUAUUCAAGUUAGACAUG